UGUAGAUCAAGGGCGGAAUCGAAUGUGUCCAAGUUUCCUUUUUCGACACUUUGUAACCCACAUUCAGCGCGUCACAGUUAGGUCAAAUGAACAAAAUUCCAUUCUAAAACAAACGUCCUCAGACGUCGACGAACAGAACUUUUUAUCUAGCUACCCCUCCCCUCUAAACAGUUCAAACAAAACUUCCACUCCUGCUGUAACAUUGUCCAGUUUGAUGCGGACACCUCUCGGACUCUUUUCUCCCUAGAAAAACAAAACAAAACAAAAAAAACUGAUUCCCGGUCAGUCGUCUCCUGUAGGAUAAGCAAUACGAUCUGCUCCCUAACUCCAUUCUCUAUUUUUGUGCUUCCUUGUGCUGCCAAGCCCCUGACGUAAUGCUCCGUGUUAAUUAUUAGCAUGUGGGAAGCGAUGCCGAGACUCUCCUCUGCUGCUUAAACAAGAGCGACUGACUGCGGGGAGAAAAACCUCGUCAAGAUGGACAAACACACUGACCCAGAGUGAAGGGGCACCGCUCCCCGUCCCGUCCAGUCCUGUCCUGUGACCAGCACCAAUGCAACUGUGCCUUUAGAAAGGAGAUGUUCUCUGUGGAAAAUGCCAUCAAAACUAAAGCUGGACAGUCACUGUAUGCUGGAGGAAAGCUGAGGAAAGUUGUGUAAGCCUGAAGUGGCCAGAGGGCAGGAGAGCUCUGACAAAUACCACAUCAAAAGCUUCAAACAGGGAUUUCCUACCACCAAGUCUAACUCCCAAAACCCAAGAACAAAGAUGCAAUACGUUGGUUCCCACUAGCAAAUAAAAUCUCAAAGGGUUAUUCUCUGUCAAACCAAAAGUGAGGGCAAGGUGGUGAGUCUCCACUAAGCUGCAAAGCAACAUCAUUGGGUCGUGGCCAUUUCUCUCUCCCCCUCUUGACGAACCCGAUUUCCAAUUCUUGGUACUGUGAGCCUGCCCACCAGAUCAUGAUGUUUCGUGACCAGGUGGGAGUCCUCGCCGGCUGGUUUAAGGGUUGGAACGAGUGCGAACAGACAGUGGCGUUACUGUCUCUCCUCAAGCGGGUCAGUCGGACCCAAGCACGCUUCCUUCAGCUCUGUCUGGAGCAUUCCUUGGCUGACUGCACUGAGCUGCAUGUUCUGGAAAGGGAGGCCAAUAAUCCAGUAUUGAUCAGUCAGUGGCAGAGUGAGACGAAGGAACGGGUCAUCUCUUUGGUUCUGACCCACCUGCCUCUCCUUAAACCUGGCAACGUCGAGGCCAAGGUGGAGUACAUGAGUCUCCUGCCAAAGAUCUUGAGCCACACCAUCGAACAUGGGCGGCACUUGGAGGAAAGCCGGCAGCUUCUGUCCUAUGCCCUCAUUCACCCUGCAACCUCCCUCGAGGACCGGGCGAACCUCGCCCUCUGGCUCAACCACCUGGAGGAGCGGGCGGCUGCCCGAGGAGCGGGAGAUUCCCUUGAGCGUGUGUCUUCAUCUCACCACGGGCAGCCUCCGCACCUCUACCCCCACCACCAGCGCUACGGGUCGGAUGACCGUCUCAAUGGCUGGCAGAGCUCGAGGGACUCUGGGCUCGGAAGUUGGCAGCAGCAUCAGCAACAGGGCUGUGAAAACGGCCACCUCUCCCUGUACCCAGCAUCCUCUGUGCCCUCCACUAUCAAUGCUGUAGGAACAGGCAGUGGGACCAACACAAUCCUGUCGGGUGGGCAGCACAGUCCUCUGAGGCGUUCUGUGUCUCUGACCCCUCCGAUGAGUGGCGGAUCUAACCAGCCUCUGGGGCACGGCUGGCUCUCUCAGGAGGACCUGCGUCCCCGCGGGCCGGCCCCCGACCAUGCCCCCAUCUCUCCCCAGAGCAGCGUGGCGUCCUCGGGCAGCGGAGGCAGCGAGCACCUGGAGGAACACGCUGCUGUCCGAAGUACAUUCCAUGAGGAUGGCAGCGGGAUGAGGGAUGUGCCGGCUUGGCUGAAGAGUCUACGUCUACAUAAGUACGCUGGGCUCUUCUCCACCAUGACGUAUGAUGAGAUGAUGUCACUGUCAGAGCAUCAGCUGGAAGCUCAGCAAGUCACUAAAGGGGCACGGCACAAGAUCAUCAUCAGUAUUCAGAAGCUGAAAGACCGACAUAACAUUCUGCGCUGUUUGGAGAAGGACAUUUUGGAGGGAGGGAAUCUACGUGCUCCUUUGCAAGAGCUUCACCAGAUCAUCCAGACGCCCAUUAAAACCUGUAGCACAGAGGAUUCCUCACAGCGCCACCUGCUGAGCGCAGAGGGGAAGAGCAGCAUGGCCAGCUCACACCUGGGCGGAGGAGAGACGGAGGGAAACUCCACGCUCAUAGCCGAGGGAGACAUCCCUGCUCAGUUCACUCGCGUCAUGGGCAAAGUUUGCACACAACUCCUAGUCUCCGGGUCGGAUGAGGAGAACAUUAGUUCCUACCUACAGCUUAUUGAUAAGUGCCUAAUUCAUGAGGCCUUCACAGAGACGCAGAAGAAGAGGUUGUUGUCAUGGAAACAGCAGGUGCAGGUGCAGUUCCGGUCAAUUUCACGGAAAACUUUACUGGACUUAACAGGACAGAGACGAAGCAGCCGCUACGGUCAGUCCAACUCCCUCCCAACCACGGGCUGUGUAGGCAGCGGCGUUCCCACACGGAGAAACUUGCGGCAGUAUCAGAUGCGGAGUUUGCCUGGUAUAAGACCUGGCCUUUUGGGUACCACCAGCCUGUACGGACCAACCCCCCGGAGCAGCAGCAGCACCCCUACCGGCCUGAAACAGGGCAGACAGGGUUUGUGGUUUGCCAACCCAGGGGGCAGUAACAGCAUGCCCAGCCGCACACACAGCUCAGUUCAGAGGACUCGAUCUUUACCCGUCCACACCAACCCACACACCAUGGCCAUGUUCCAGCAAACAGGGAUUUUCAAAGGGCCGUUUGCUGUUGACUCAGCUAAAGACGAGCACUGUAAAGGCCAGGCCAAGCAGCGCUGCAGGAGUCCUGAGCAACCAGAGUCCACCCCAUCGAGACUGAAUCAACUCUUUUACAACAAAGAUCCCACUAUAGUCCAGUGUACUACUGAGGGAACUCAGUCGGUUCACAAUCAGUUCAGUUCAAUUUGCAAGCAUAAUGGCUGUGAAUUUUGAAAAUUGAGGUGGCAAUUUGGCGCUAUUGAUCAUUUGUAGCAGGCAUAAUGACUAGGAUGUGAAUGGGACACUGUCACAAUUUGAAAUAGACCUUUGUUUGGCUUUCUCUAGCUGGUAAAGGUCUGAGUGGGUUAAUGGUAAAAAAGAAAGGAUGAAAUAUUGGUCAGAUUAUUAGAGCCUGUUUUUAUCUAUGAUUUAUCUGAAACGUGUGGUCUAAGGUCUGGGCUAAUGACUAAAGGUCUGACAAGAGGUGACCUGUAUC